AUGUUAAACGCUAAGCGUCAAUUAACAUUCUAUCGUGCUUUAUCAGCCGGUGUGAAACAUUAUUCAUUCCUUAAGAAGCCUCAACUGGAUGUCAAAUUUAUUAUAGCGAACUUGGAUAAAUUUGAGGAGUCGAUAAAGAAAAGGGAGUUGAUACAAGCUCCACAUUUAUUAAAUAAAUUACACGAGUUACCAUUAUUCUAUGACAGGUUGAGACAGAUAAAACAACAAAUUAACGAUAUUCAAAAGGUUAGAAAUCAACUUGAAUCUGAAGUCAAAAAUGAUAAGAAUAGACUCCCGACGCUUUUGCAGGAGAUUCAGAAAUUGAAAGCACAACAUAAAGAAAAGUCAGAACAAUUAACAAGAGUAUCUACUGAAAUAGCUGAAAUUACCACUUCUCUCCCGAAUAUUCUACAUCCAAGUGUUCCUGCGACAACACCACAAAUUGUGCAAUGGCUAAAUAGACAGCAGUCCUCAUUUUUACGAAACUCAGAAUCUCAUGUCGAUAUAAUGACCAGAAAAGGUAUGUUGGACUUACAAAAGGCUGCUAAUACCAGUGGAACAUCGUCAUAUUAUUUGAUGAACGAUGGUGCUAGACUAGAACAAGCCUUGAUUAACUACUGCAUCGAUGUUGUCACUAAACAUGGGUUUGCUUAUGUGAUUCCCCCCUCAUUGACUAGGUUGGAAACAAUUGACUCGUGUGGAUUUAGACCCAGAGAUAUGAAUGGAGAGAAACAGAUCUACAGUGUAGGAAAUGAAUUCGGAUUGGUCGCAACAUCAGAGAUAACGUUAGCGGCAUUUUAUGCUAAUGAGAGCAUCACUUUUAAGAAAAAUGAGUAUGUGAAAAAGAUAGCUGGCUUGAGUAGGUGUUACAGGGCAGAGGCUGGUGCUAGGGGGAAAGACACUAAGGGACUGUAUAGGGUUCAUGAAUUCUCAAAGCUGGAGAUGUUUUGUUGGUCAAUACCUGAUUAUGCAGACGACGUGCUGGAGUUAUUGAAAGAUAUUCAAAUAGAGAUCAUUCAAUCACUGGGCUUGUAUGCUAAGGUGAUCAAUAUGCCAGCCAAUGAUCUGGGAAACCCAGCAUCUAAAAAAUAUGAUAUUGAAGUUUGGAUGCCAGGAAGAGGUCAAUUUGGUGAAGUAAGUAGUGCGUCAAACUGCACAGAUUUUCAAAGCAGAAGAUUGAAUACUAAAUUCAGAAAUGAAGAAAAGAAUUAUUCUUAUGUUUAUACUUUGAAUGGCACGGCGGUAGCUAUUCCAAGAAUUAUUAUUGCGAUUAUAGAAAACUUCUACGACGCAAAUUCUGGUAAAAUACACAUUCCAAGCUGUUUGAGAAAGUAUAUGGCGGAUAGAGAAUAUAUCUGA